CGGCCUUUGGAAUCUCAUCAUUAAUGAUCUUGAUACUUAUCCGAGUUGGCAAGACCUGCAGCUACCAUGGGAACAGCUGACUACCUUAACAUUGCGAGGGGUUAUAUCUCAUUCAAAUGCAAUGAACAUAGCACAUAUUCUCUGCCAAAUGUCCUUCCUCGAUCGUUGGAAUUCACAUCACAGUUUUUUUCACUAAAUAUGCACGCUGUCAUUUUGACUGAGAUCACCCGAAUGUCCUGCGUUAUCGUACACCCAGAGACGAUCUUUGGUUCUAAUAGCAUGUUGGCAUUCAUUUUCUUGCCCUCCUUGAACCAUCUCAGCAUAUCAUAUAAGGGUAAUCACAGUCAUACAGCCAGUGCGAAUGAUGACGUGGUUCCUAUGUUGCAACGAUCCAACUGCGUUCUGAAGACUCUCAAGCUCUCAAUGGGCCAAAUGAUCUCCGAUCCGUUGCACCUGCUCCAAUGCGACAGCUCUUCAUCGCUUGAGGAGAUUGCCAUAUUCUCAUUCCCAGUCGAUCUUAUUCGAGAUAUCCUUUCGCGUCCUUAUGCCAUCAACGACACUGCAUUCUUUCUGCCUAAAUUGCGCUAUAUCGAGAUAGAUGUGUCUUCUCCGAGUCUCAGUGCGGGAGAAUACGAGUCGCUUGAGAAUUGCAUUAUGCCCUUUUUAGAGUCUCGCGAAGCUGGUGGAGUUGUCCUGGAGUCUUUUUAUGUCCAUGCUCAAAUGGAAUAUGUUAUGUCAGAAUCCUUUGAAAGGUGUCUCCGAUUUUACAUCUGUCGUUAUGAUCACAAUGAUCCUCAACCCUUUUAGUUGCAACUCAGUUACGACUUCAAAUGAUUUGUAGAUAGUUACUAGUAUUCGUUCUUCAUGUGAAUUAUUACUCCUCGCUGAACAUGCAAUAUUCAAAAGGCCGCC